UUUUCUAGACAUCGGCACUGCUGGAAAUUUCGCUCUCCGAGGUGCAACUUGCUCCUUCCCUGACCUCAGCAAAAUGGCGAUAAUACCAUGUUCUUCUGGUUUGAUGCUGUGUUUGUCAACACUACUGCUGAUCCUGGCGUCGUGUGAAGGGCGACCUGAGCCGCCAGAAUUCACCAGUUUCUUCACAUCCCCAACCAGUAUCCGAGUGGAGUGGGGCGACCCGACCCUUGACCCAGGGGCCACCGUCAAGGGUUUCCGCCUGCAGUACAAGCUGGCCGGCGGCAACCUGAUUAAAUUGAAGGUGGAAGCCAAAGCUGACAACUCUUAUGAAAUCGAAGAUUUGGCCGAACCAUGCGGGAACUAUUUAAUUCGCAUGUCCACGGCUUCUUCCAAGGGCAUGAGUCGUUACAGCAGCUUCAGUCAAGUCGACAGAGUGCAUUCUGGACCCCAGGACCUUAACGCCAUCCCAUCCAGCGACUCGGCAAGGGUCACCUGGUCCCCACCAACCAACGGCUUCUGCAUCACUGGUUACCAGCUAAAAUACGGCCCCAAUGAGAACGAGCUGCAGACGAUGGACCUGCCUACCGAACUGACUCAGUAUUUGCUGUCUGACCUGCAGCCGGGUACCAGCUACCUGGUGACCCUGGCAGCCGUCGCUAGUGGGGAAACCAGUGAAGAGGCGUUUUACCAGUGGUACCAAGCCGGAGCCCCGACUGCCCCAGCUAACCUGAAAGCCAACCCAUCCUCCCCCGAGACCGCCAUUGUGAUGUGGAGUCCUACCUCCUCUAGUGUCACACGCUAUGACUACCUGUACGGACCGUCAAGCUACCCGGACGGUAAGCUGACUACCGGGUCCGUGGAGCCAAGCACCAUGCUGGUUGAACUGACCGGUUUGGUUCCGGAUGAAGAGUACGUCUUCAAGGUCAAGUCGGUCAGUAGUGUCGGUCAGAGUGAAACCACAUCAACAACAUGGACACAACCUGCUCCGGACCCUGUAGUUCUUCCUAGCAAGCCGCUUCCUGCCGCACCAGCUCAGGUCAAUGUGGAGGUCACGUCGGCCGAAACGGCCAGAGUCUUCUGGACCAGGCCCGAAGGUGAGGCGGAAGUGACAGGCUACAUCGUGGGCUUUGGCCUGACUAGCACGGCCAGCGGGGAACUGACGCUGUUUAGCGUGGGGCCCGACGAUACGGAGGAAGAAUUGGACGGUUUGAAGACGGGCUCGGAGUACGUGGUCACCGUACAGGCAUAUAAUGACGUCGGAGAUGGAGAGGUGAAAUCCACUGAGUGGCUCCAACAGGCACCGCCAGAACCACUGAGCAUUCCCUCCCCACCCCAGGGGGUACUGACCUACAGCUCCUCCCCUACCACCCUUGUCGCGUGGGUGGUCAACGAGGCCGUAGCGGCCGAGCAGACGGAAGGAUUCCGGGUCACCUACGGGCGUGACCGGUCAGCCAGCGAUGGAGGCAGCAUGGAGGUAGGACCGGAAGAGGAAUCUGUGGAGAUCCAGGACCUGCAGCCGGACACGUUCUACUACCUGAGGGUCUUCAAGUUCAACAGUGCCGGGCAGAGUGAAUCAGUGUCUAGAAGCCUACAGACCAUGACUCCACCACCAGAGGAGCGAUGUGCGCAGCAGCAGCGGUGCAUCCAACAGUUCGAGUCCAGACCCCGCGGGGAAGGCGACAUCUGCCCCCGCAUCCUGCAGUACCUCAACUGCCUCCAGCGACUGCAGGAUGACUGCAUGGAGGAGCAGGGCUAUCGCAGCCGGGUGGCCGACGUCCGGACAAUGUUCCUGACGGAAGGUUGCAAUCGGAACCCUAGGAGAAACCCAGAUACCGGUUCCCAGGGGCCGGUGUCCGUGCCAGGGGGUUUUGCCGCGACUCCAGCAGAGGACAUCCAAAGAGAGGUGAUCCCACCCCCAACCAGCGUAGCAGCUACCGUUCUCUCCCCGACCUCAGCCCGGAUCUCUUGGGUCGAUCAAACCCUUGGAGACUCUCAACUCGUCACCGACAAUCGUUUCUACAACGUUCGUUAUCGCUCCCCACUCCAAAGAGAAUUUUUAGAGGAACGGACCCGUGACACCAACUACAUGGUAGAUUUUCUCCUGCCUGGCGUCCAGUUCGAGUUUGCCGUGCAGUUGGUGUUGGACCCCCAGCGAAGGAGUGAAGUGAGCGAAGCAGUGUUUGUGACAUCUAGAGACCCAGCAAAAGGUGCCCAACCAGCGAGAUUCACCGUUACUCAAGUGACUGUAGCCGGCCCAACUUCAGCCAAGGCAAUCCUGAAUUGGCUCCCUCCACCUGAGAGACAGGAUGUCACAGAAUACAGGAUAGAAUACACAGACUCGGAGGAAUUCCGUGACCCGGCCACCGUCUGGGAACGACUGACCGUGGAUGGCUCCAAGAUGACUGCUGUCCUGGAAGGCCUGAGGACUGACCAAGAAUACCAUGCCAGGAUUACAGCCGUGUUCAGCUCCAAUGAGGCUGGACCGACCAUGGCAUCACCGGCUAUGUUCACCACCCCUGUGGUACCCCCGUCGUCCAAAUCCUCUAAGCAGUGUGGGGAGUCAGAGGUAGACGCAGUCACUCGGCGGGUCAACUUCCUGUGGGAUGAGGUCGCUGACGGCGUACAGCGCCCUCCAUUGUAUGGCGUGCCGAUACCGUACUGCGAAGACGAGUUUGGUGUGGAGGAGUGCCAUGGACUCUUCUGUUUCUGUGUUCCUGGGAGGAGGCCACCAGCUCUCAGAGAGCCCCACUGCACUGCUGAUGAACCCCUGUGUCGGCGUGAGUAUAACGCAGCCCGCCAGGCAUUGGAUGAAGCACGUCUGACUGGACAGCCAGCCAUGGCUGCUCAGUUGCCCCACUGCCGUAGUGAUGGCUACUAUCAGCCUAAACAGUGCUCAGGAACCAUGUGUUACUGUGUGACUGAGAAUGGAGCCCGCACGGGACAGGAGGCUCCGAUGUGGGAGGCUAACGGACUACGAUGCGUGUAACAAGAUGCCGGCUUGACUCCAAAGUCUUCAAGUCGAUCUGAGCUGAGAUCAGUGUUAUUGGAAUGAGCUGAUGCUACCUAGUUGAGCUGUGCAGCUAGAGGUACUGCUAAUGUAGCUAUUUCUUCUUCUUUAUUCCAGUUUGAAGUGAAAAUUAAUGCAACCCAUUUUUGUGAUGCAAAGUGGUAAAAAGAGAAAAUUAGCAUAAGGUCCUGGAAAACAUCUGUACUAAAGACAACUAUAAUUCUUGGCUACUGUUCUUACAGGGAAAGUUAUAUACAUUUGCAUUUUAGCAAAUAACCUAUUUUUAACCCCCCCCCCCCAAAAACAAAAAUAAUAUAGUAUGUAUGUACCCUCCCAGAUACUUUAGAUGCAUUUUAUGUAGAUAAUUAUGUAGAGUCUUAUUAUAUUACUGAUGGUGGUGCUACUUUUGUAUUUCGACAAAUUAUGAUUUUCUAACAAGUAAAAUAUAUUUUUAGGUAUUUUCAGAUAUUAAUAAAAGCAUGAUCUUGCCAUAACCAUUUUGAUUUAGGCACGUAGGCUGCUUUUAUAUUUCUAGUAACAUGUUAAGUUUGCAUUUCUUACGAGUGUUAAAAAAUUUUGAUUCAACAUCAAACUUGGGAAAAAUGUUUUAACCAUAACUCUGGCCGGAAACGUCAAUAAACCUAAAGGAAGCUUCGGAUGCAGUAAUGAA